AUGCCUAGCCCUCACCGCCCUGAAUCAUUCCUGAGACAGCUGCUCAGUGAGAUUGGUAGUACCGACACUCCAACAGCUCCGCACACCACUGUGAGUUUACAGGGCAGUACCAGGCCGACUGCCAGUCGAGUUUCUGAUAGACCAGCGCCUUCGGUCUGGGUCGGUGGUGCAUCUGCUGCUCUAGACGCUCGCCAGAAACUACGCGCGGCCGACGAAGCACGAUCAAAGAAGACAGCAACGCCUCAGACCAAUGACGACCCUCCAAGUCAGUUGAAGUCAGUAUCGCACGGAAAUGAUACCCCAGAGGAUAGCCAUCACAGCACAGGCACUGCCGUCGCGACAGUCAAGUACGACCCCCUUCCCCAAGACGGCCACGACAGUCCAGGCGGUGAUGCGCGACCCCCUUUGCCCCAGCCACGACCUAGUCUGGGCAGAUUAGACAUUCCACGACAAGUACGAUCUGAUGGCGAAAAUGCCCGAAUGGACUCACCACUCAUGUCCUCUGACAGAUCAACGCCUAUCGAGCCUUCAGCUGCCGUAACUUUUGCCCCAGAAACGAUUGCACUGUCUCGUCAUGAAUCAAGAAACAGUUGUACCACGCAUACAGAGCAGCAGCCUUCGUCUCUUCGCGCCAACACUGCAACUCAACAAGUCCCGUUAUUCGGCCCAACGUCUCGGCCCAGGACCCCCGCUCGAACACCCCGUCGGUACGCUUCCGACAGCCCAGAACCGCCAGAGACACCAAGUUUUGCCAGAUCCCUGCACCUCUUUGACGCCAGCGUGUGCAUGUACAGGGAUGAACGUGGCACCGAGUGGAUGCAUGACCUGUCGAUUUACAAGCGUGCCCAUGGCGACGAGGAGGCGGAUCGAAAUUCUCUAUGCAGGCCUUGCUUCCGCCAGCGAGGCAUGUUCAGCAGGUUGAUGCCGUACGGCUAUGAGACGUGCGGGUGCGAGGAGCGUUUGGAUAGUCACUACUGGCAGGCUUCUGUUAGUCCGAAUUGCUAG